UGUCUUUAAUGUAAUCUGAGGUUGUUUUUCGGCGACUAUUAGGUCAACAGAGUCACUUAAGAAGGCAAAGUGAAAUUAUUAUACCAGGGAUUCAUUUAAGGAGUUUGUUGUAGCAGCGUCAUAAACUUGGGACCGAAUAACAACACCAAACUUUACAGCGGCAAACCCGUGCACCAAGGUGAAUUCAUGUAAACAAAAUAUAGAACGAUUUUUCCCCUCUGCAUUGCAACCAACUCAGAUUAUUGUUUACUGUACUUUAACGCCGCAAUGGCUUCUCCGGGUGCCACCUCGAGCCCUUUGAGUAUCCUGGCUCCCAAAACGAAGACAAAGAAGAAACAUUUUGUACAGCAGAAAGUGGAGGUGUUCCGAGCCAGUGACCCUGUUCUAAGCGUCCUUAUGUGGGGAGUCAAUCACUCGAUUAAUGACCUGGUCCAGGUGCCUGUCCCCGUCAUGCUGCUUCCUGAUGACUUCAAAGCCAAUACCAAGAUCAAAGUCAACAACCAUCUCUUCAACAAAGAGAAUCUUCCAGGACAUUUCAAGUUCAAAGAGUAUUGUCCACAGGUGUUCCGCAAUCUCCGAGAGCGCUUUGGAAUCGAGGAUCUGGAUUAUCAGGUUUCUCUGGCCCGCAGCCCUCCAGUGAAGGACGGGGAUGGCCAAGGAGUGGGGCUGCUGCUGACAUCAUACGACCGCACCCUGAAACUCAAACAGAUCUCCAGUGAGGAAGUGGAGGACAUGCACAACAUCCUGUCUGAAUAUCACCAGUACAUAGUGACGUGUCACGGCAGCACGCUGCUGCCUCAGUUUCUGGCCAUGUACCGGGUGACCGUGGAGAGUGAGGACACCUACCUCAUCGUUAUGAGGAACAUGUUCAGCCACAGGCUCAACGUUCACAGGAAGUACGACCUCAAGGGGUCCCUGGUGUCCCGUGAAGCAAGUUUAAAGGAAAAGGAGAAAGAGUUGCCCACGUACAAAGAUGUGGACUUCAGGAAUAACAUGCAGAAGGUUUAUGUGAGUGAGGAGGAGAAGGAGAGGAUCAUGGACAAGCUCAACAGAGACGUGGAGUUCCUGGUGCGUCUGAGGAUCAUGGACUACAGCCUGCUGCUGGGGAUCCACGAUGUGGGCCGGGCGGAGGAGGAGGAGAUGGAGGAGGAGUCGUAUGAUGAUUAUGAUGCGGAGGACGAGGAGGAGGAGAACAGCCUGACUCCUGCCGCUGUUCCUGCUGUGGGCUCCUAUGGCACCUCCCCUGAGGGCAUUGCUGGCUACAUGAACUCCUUUAAACCCCUGGGGCCCGGGGAGUUUGACCCUUAUGUAGACGUCUACGCCAUUCAGAGUGCUGUGGGUGCACCCCAGAGGGAAGUGUACUUCAUGGGUCUGAUUGACGUCCUGACCCACUAUGACACCAAGAAGAAAGCCGCUCGUGCUGCCAAGACCGUCAAACACGGGUCUGGAGCAGAAAUCUCCACCGUUCACCCUGAGCAGUAUGCCAAGAGGUUCCGUGAGUUCAUUGCUAAGAUCUUUGUCUAGCACACAGCUACAGCUACAGAACCAUGGCCGACUCAAUACGAAAACACUCCCCAUUUACUACCUUGUUGUUACAAUUCAUUAUCCGACAGAUACUGUAUGUAUAUUUGAUUCUAAUAUUUAACUAUAUCUGCCUUUUGAUUUCAUGAAUCAAUUCAAGUAGAUGUUUUUGUAUAUAGAUAACUACAGAGCAAAUAUACAGUAUAUUAACUAAGAAAUAUACUGUUUUUAAAAGAGCUAUUUAUUUAAUUGAAGUUAAAAAAGACUCUUGGUACUAGCUUUGUUACCUGUGGCACACGAGAGAAACAUCAUCGUCACAUGCCUCGAGUUCUGGUUUUCUGGAAUUUUGGAGACCUGGCAGAGUUCUAUUCUCUGUGGAAGUCUGACAACCGAGUGCGUUUUAAUGGCUUCCGUGACAAUGGGAAGAGAGAGCAUUGUCUUUGUGGCAUGCUUUUCCAGCUGAUUUUCCGACUGGAUGGAGGAACAAAAGGACAGAGUGACCGUGGCAAUGGCUGUUAAUUUGUGGACACAUACUGGACUGAUAUUUUAGAAAGACUGAUCGAUGUCCUUCUUUGCCUAGAUUUCCUUAAGUCAAAACAAGG